CUCACGUUUUGAGGUGAGAGGGCAGCACGACAGCAGAAACCAGGAAAACGCAAUAAUCCUAACCAAAAAGCAUGCUGUAAAGCUAGAAGAAAUCGUAUCUCUGGAUAAGAUUAAUUAAUAAAAAUAUUUGUGUAUUUUGAUUUUUUCUCGAUACAAUCUGAUUUACAAUGCGGCUUGGAUUAACCCUGUUAAAAAGCCAUUAUAUUUACACUAUAAAUAUGCCAUACAGAUUUAGAGGGAAAUAUCGUAAGGUUAAGAAACCGACCUUGCUAGAUUUAUUUAGAAUGAAGAACGACUUUGAGAGGGAAGAACAAAACAUGUUGAUUUUGCGGCAUCCUUAUCUCACGGUUGAACAAUCUCACGGCCACAUAAAGGCACAGGAGAACAGAAAGGCAAUGUUUCUCCAGAAGAUGGAAGAUUUCAGGCGUGAGAAGUUUGAGAAACAUACUACUAUUGCUGAUCGCCUAAGCCAUAUGAGAGUUACAGAAGCAUGGGAUUGAAGGUUCUACAGACUCAUAAAAUUUUAUUUCGUAGAUUGUUUUAAAUUAAAUGAACAGUGAAUGAAUGUGAAAAUAAAAUUUAAUUUUUUUUUCUUCUUUUCGGUAACAUUUUAGAUCAGUGUAUUUCUUAAUAGGAAGAUAGCACUAUGAAAUAUAUUACAUAAGUUUAUCUAAUAAGGUACGUUGAGAAUGUAUAAAGUAAAAAUUGAGACUAAUACUGUGACAUUGUUUUAAAGUAUUAAAUUAUGUUGCUCAUCGAA